GGAUGGACUAGUCAGAUAUGGAUCAUUUCCCGAUCAUCGAGACAACGUUCUUUGUCAAGUAUUGUCUGCCCCUGUGAUCAUGUUAAAGAAAAUGAACUCGUGCAACAUAUAUUUCUGAGGGACUGAGUUACCUCCCAGUGACAUACUGAAAGUGUUACUAUAAGAAUGACAUCAAUGAUUCUGUUCAUGCUUUUUACUUUGUCAGUUAUGUCAAUUAAUGGGUUUAGUCAAAAGUCGGAAUGUUUACUAGAAGCAGCUCCAAGACACAUUGGGGAAGUGGAAGCAGACGAGGAACCAGAAGGUCACGAGGAACUCCUAUCUGUACACCCAGCAGGAGAAGAGAGAAAAAGGAUGGGGGAGGGCGAGGAGGAGGAGGAGAAUGAGGAAGGAGAGGGAAGAGGAUACAGGAAUCAAGGUCACGCAAUGGAAGGGCCACCACAUGUUGGUCAAUCCGAAGGUCAUAGAGGUCGAGGUUUUUUGGACGAGGAAGGCGAGCUGGAAGAUCGAAGGAGGAGACACAGCCCAGACACGUUGACGGGGACACUAACCUGUCCACCAGACGCAACGAUACACGUCUUGAAUGUCACUGUAGGCUUUACAGUCGGCCAACACUGUCACCAGGCUGGAUGUCAAGCGGGGUCAACAAAAGCCAGUCAAGUGAUGAACUGCCAAGGAUUGACAGGUUUAUGUAACAUUGGCAUUCAAAGGAAUUACUUGAUGCGGUGUGGUCAGACUGUGAACUUUGCCCUUGUCAACUACGAGUGUGUGCCAGCCGCCAAGAAAGUCAAUAUUUGUAGCAAGACAGACGUGGAAAUCUCUGGAGCAGUUAUUGUGACGUCACCCAACUACCCGGCUGCAGCCAGUGGACAGCAGACGUCAGGUGGUAUAUCCACUUGUGAAUGCACUCUUCGAGCUGAAGGUGGAGCAAAAUUGGAGAUGGAAUAUCUCAGGACUCACUUGCCUGGGACUCAAGGACAUUGCGAUGGAGAUACACUUCUGCUUGAGAGACCUGACAUCCAGGGCCGGUACAUUUUGGAGCAUGAAAUCUGUGGACAUAACGUCAGCAACAACAUCAUCAUCCAAGACAACAUCCUCCGCAUCACACUGUUGGGCGGGUCACCUUUACAAGAUACUAAGUCGGGUUUUAUUGUUAAGUUUCUUGCUUCAUCACAGUCAGGAGCAGCUACUCUGUUUCAUAUAUCUUGUAAUGACUCAACAUCUUCAACUUCUGGCACCAAAACCAUAGGGACAACAUCAGGAAAAUCAGCAGCACGUGACCAAGUGGAGGCGAGAAUUGCCCAAGCAAGAGCCCAGUCUCAAGGUCAUGGGGAUACAAAUGUCGACAAUGCGGUGAAAAACGAAAAAGAGACAGAUCAAAGUUCGCCAGGAGUAUUGUCAGGAGUAGUUGCUGCCCUUGCUUCAGUUAUUGUCAUAAUGGGAUCUAUUGCAGCUUACGUCAUUCACAAAAGACGACAAAGGCGUCGUCAAGAAAAAGAAGAAAUAGAAAGGUACGGCACAAACUUCGUCUGUAACGAGCAGUGGUACGGAGCUGGGACUAGUGGUGGACCAUCAACCAGCACACCAGAUCCAUAUGGCACAUACAGUCUCCAGAGUCUGCUGUCUAAAGUUGUUGUACUUGGCAAACAGCUGAUUCGUUCUGGACGUUCUGAAACUGCUUCCAGCGAUAGCAACACUGAGUAUUCUUUCAGCAGUGACCUUGUCAUGCACUCACCAAAAACAAUGACCCAUCUAUCACAAGAGAAACCGGUGACUUGCUCAAACAAGAAGACACUCAAAUCCAUUCAUGUUCAAGCGGAGCCAUCAAUCACCGCACCAGCACCUCCCCCUAGACGGACUAAAGGAAAGCACGCCACCAGCGACAGCCCUUACGACAACGCUGACCCAACAACAUCUGAAGUGGUCUACCUGUCAGAGAAACUCGAGGCUUCUGGAAACGCCUCUGGUUCUGAAGACAGUGCUUACUCCGAGGAUACAACCAGCGUUAACAGCAUAAACACCGAGGAAAUGACUGAGGGGGCAUACAACAACAUACAAGAGGAACAUUAUAGCACUAUCCCAGAGAUGCUAGCCGCGGCCAGGACAAGCGCAGUUAUACACUGAUCAGAACUGUCAACUUCUUAGAUAUUGUCUUGUUUCCAAACAGAACAAUACAAACUAUUCAUUCUCUAUUCUGAAAGAACUAUGUGCAUACAUUAAAAUUUUACUAUACAUAAAAACAAU